CCCGGCUCGUCCAAUCCGGUGCCGCGUUUCAACACAAGCAAAGUUGUUAACCCCCAACAGAAGCACUUUGGUUUCCGCCUCUCUCUCUCUCCGUAGUUUCCAGCCUGUCGCCGCUGCCGCUUCUUCUUCUUCUUCUUCUUCUUACUUCACCCGACAGGAAAAUAAAACACCCACUUCCACCGUGACACCGGGAUACUCGUCCUCCUCCAGCAGCCGGGGACACCGGGAACCACCGGGCGCGGUGGUCUGUUAUGAAACCGACCAGGAGAAGUAGCCGCGGCUAACGCUGCUGUAAGCUAGCUGCGUCGUGCUGCUGCUCCCUGACGGAUUCUUUUUAUUUCUUUAUUUUUUAACUUCUGACUUCUGCACAAAUGUUCCCCAUCUUGUCUCCCAAUCUCCGAACGAUCGACUCGGUCCUCAUAAUGGAGUCAGUGGAUUUAAGGCAGAUAAGAAAUCCCCACUUCACCUGGUUGGAUCCUGGCUGAACCCAAUGUCAUCAACAGGAACACCACCUCCAGCGGGCCAUCUCGGCACAGCAGGUCUAUGGCGAGAAGCGGGACAACAUGGUCAUCCCGGUCCCCGAGGCGGAGAGCAACAUCACCUACUACGACUCCCUCUACCCCGGGGACUACAAGAUGCCAAAGCAGCUUAUUCACAUACAGCCUUUCAGCCUGGACACAGAGCAGCCCGACUACGACCUGGAUGCCGACGACGAGGCCUUCGUCAUCAAGCUGAAAAAGAAGAUGGAGAUCGGCUUCCUGCAGUUUGAGGAGAUGAUCGACAGGCUAGAGAAAGGCAGCGGACAGCAGCCGGUGAGUCUUCCCGAGGCCAAACUGCUGCUGAAGGAGGACGACGAGCUCAUCAAGGAGGUCUUCGACUACUGGAGCCGGAAGAGGAAAAACAGCAAGGCCAACUCGCUCAUCCCCACCGUCAAGCAGGAGAGGCGGGACGGCUCCAGCACCAGUGACCCGUACGUGGCCUUCCGGCGGCGCACGGAGAAGAUGCAAACCAGGAAGAACCGCAAGAACGACGAGGCGUCCUAUGAGAAGAUGCUGAAGCUUCGGCGGGAUCUCAGUCGAGCCGUCACCAUCCUGGAAAUGAUCAAGAGGCGGGAGAAGAGCAAGCGGGAGCUGCUGCACCUCACGCUGGAGAUCUUCGAGAAGAGAAACGUCAUGUCGGACUACGGCGGCGAGGUGAUGGCAGAGGUUCUGGCCGAACGGGCUCUGGUGAGGCCUCAGAUCAUUCCCCUGGUUCCGCUCACCAACCAGUACCGACACCAGGACCACAUGGACCUCAAGGAAUACAAGUCCAAGCCCGAGAAGAUGGAAGUCCCGCGGCAGAAGAGGAAGUACGAGAAGAAGCAAAAGGCUUUGCCUCUGUCGUCGGGUGCCCCCCACCACCCUGGUCCUGUCGUCUUCAACGCCAAGGACCUCAACCAGUACGACUUCCCCAGCUCAGACGACGAGCCCUUCUCCCAGCUGCACUCAGGCUCAUCGGAGGCGGAGGAGGAGAACGACCCAGACGGGGCCUACGCCUUUCGCAGGAAGGCAGGCUGCCAGUACUAUGCCGCUCGUCAGGACCGUGUGGGGAGUUGGCCGUGGUGUGACCCCUUGCAGGGCGGUUUGGCAGAAGCUCGCUUUCGCUACAGUCUCACUACGCUCACCGUACCGCGGCGCUGCCUGGGCAUGGCUCGCCGGCGGCUGGGGCGAGGCGGCAGGGUUUUGCUGGACAGGGCUCACACGGACUAUGACAACAUUUUCCACGGCCUGGAUCCAGAAAUGCUCGACCUGCCUCUUCCCUCAUCUCCUCCUCCUCCCCCCACAGCGACGUCACGCUCGCCGGCCGCCGACAAGUUUGCCAGUACCUCAGAAACAAAUACCUCGGACAGAAGUUCCUCCUCCUUCUUCAACUCCUCUCUUUCCUCGUCCUCGCCCUCUUCCACGGACCUCAGUCAGAUACUGUUGAAUAUAAAGUCGUGCCGAUGGAGGCACUUUAGACCACGGACACUACCACUACAUGAGCUGGAUAACGCCCACCCGCUAUUCAGGAGGCUGAGUCGAGGCCUGAAGCGCCCGGUCUUCGCCUCCGCGGCCGGGGGACAGCCCUCUCAGCGUCUGGCGAGGGUCGUCCCUGCUCCCGCACCCGUUGCUGCUUUCACAGCCGAACAGUACCAGCAGCAUCAGGAGCAGCUGGGCCUGAUGCAGAAGCAGCAGCUGGAGCAGAUCCAGCUGCAACAGCGAGCCAACAGCACCGCCACUGCCAACAGCACACGGGGCUUAGCGAACACGUUGGACCAGGCCAGCGCUCAGUUCGCCGCCUCUGCCCUCGUCACAGCCGACCAACUGCUGGCUCUGAAAACCAAGGAGGAGCUGGCCCUGGGAGGCGGAGUCAAUGGCGUCCUCUCCCCCUCAGGUGUCUAUAAGGGCUUGCACCUCUCAAGCACAGUGUCCCCAUCCCCCGCCGCCCCGGCUCCUCCCACCACCAACACCCCGACACCGGCCUCGCUCCACCCCUGCACCACCACCACCACCACCAGUAACAACAACGGCACCGCCCACCCCGCCAACACCGCCAUCACCGCCACUAACACCGCCACCACCACCACUCAGGUCCUGCCUGGAAACAACAACAGCCUCCGUCUGGGUGUUCCCACCGGCAAGCGUGUCCACGCAGCGCGGACACUGAGCACCACCAUGUCGACAUCCGCCUUAAAGUUCACCCAUGCAGCCGCCAACUGUCAGAAACCCAAGGUCACUACGGCCUCGGCUUCGCCGCUGGAUAUAGUGCCCAGGGAAAAUCACGAACAAGACAAACCAGCACUGAACAGUCUGUCAGAGAACACACUGGCCAUGGAGGUGACGUAGCCUCGCGUACACAGCACCGGGGAAACGUGACUCCGCCCCCUCUUCCUCCACCUCCAUGGGGUUUUCUUUUUCUUUUCUUUUCUUUUUUUUGGUGCUAUGCAUCAUUUGUCAGUCAUGAAUGCAAGUGGUGGCAGAAUGAGCAAAGGCUGGGUUUCCAUGGCAACUGUUUUGGGACUUAAUUGCAAUGCUCAUGUCGUACAAAAAUAAUUUUUUCUCCUCCUCCCUCCAAAUUCCCCUUAUUUGUUACUGUUAAUAAGAGAUCGUCUGUAAAUUCUUAAUAUGGCAAUUAUAUGUACAGUACUGCAUAUUUGUAAUACCCACCCCACCCCUUCUUGUAUAUAACAUUACUUGAAUACAGAAUUGUUCAUUUGUGAUGUUUUGCACUCGAGAUAUUGAAAAAAAAAAAAGAGAAAAAUUAAAAAGAGAAAACGACAAACUAAAGUAUGAGGUGUGAAAGUUGUACCACAGAAAAAUAUGUAUGUCUUCACAUGCAUGGUGCGGAAACCUGCUGUCUGAUCUAUUUAUUGUGCCGUGUUUACAAAAGGGUUUUUCUUUUUUUUUCCAAACCUUUAUUUUUUUAAUACACUGUACCCCCCCCCCCCCCCCAAUCCCCAUCCCCAACGGUUCCCUGUGGUUAAGUCCGUGUUAAAACUGAUUUAAACAACUGUCUUUUUAUUUUAUUUUCCGGAUGUUUGUGAACAUGGUUCACGACGUUUCCCACACGCCACCACGUCGAACUCCGUGGAGUCGUUAGACGGGAGACGUCGGGCGUGAAUCCGUUAUGUUGUCGGCAUCGGUUCGUCAGUGGGUUCGUCACGUUUCCUCGAAGCUCUUCCAUAACGUAUAUUAUUAUUCCUUAGACGAGUAACAAAACAAUGGGGAUGGAGACUCUUUUUCCCAGAAGACUUUUGCUGCUUCUGACUCAUCUAAGCACUAAAUAAUUUUUUGAAAAAAUGAUUUAUUUUUUUCUUAUGCUGCUUUUGUAUUGAUUUUGCCCUCUGGGCCUCGUUUUCUUUGUGUUUUUCUCUAAAAGAUAAACCCCUCCCACCACCACCUCCCGUACCAUUAAAAAAAAUAUAUAUAUAUAUAUAUAUAUAUAUUUUUGUAUCGCCCACUAAUUUUUUUUUUUUUAUUUUUUUUUACAUUUUAAUUUUCCUCACAAAAACACUUCAUUUUUUUGUUACUUGUUACUAAAAAAAACAAAAACUAUAAGGGACUAAAAAAAAAAAUGCAGUAACUGACAUUUAUUAUCAUUCCAGCUUCUACAUAAUAAGGAAGACAACAUGUAUUAUUUGAUAAGAAGAAAAAAAAAAAAAAGAAUGAUCGUUUUCUCUACUUUUAAUAACUCCAGACGGCUGACGAAGCCAUGGACUACAAGUUAUCGGGUGCCUUCAUUUGGGGGGAAAAAGAAAAAACCUUAUUAAUGAAAUGAAAAAAAAAAACUCAAAAAAAUGAACCAAACUUUAAUGGCUCUCUUCUGUGAAGAGUUUGGUACUGAAGGCUACUUGGCUACUACUUUUCUUUGUCUGUACCACAACCCCAAUGCCCAUUCCAGUGGCCCGGCUGAUUCAUGAGUCGUUUUUAUUUUAUAUAUACAUAUAUAUAUAUGUAUAUAUAUAUAUUUAGUCUCUUCCACCAAACAGACACUCACACUCUCAUGGGAAAGACUAAGAAUCCUCUUGAAUUGUCACAAAAUUAAAUAAAAAUCCAGGGCAUUAA